GCCGAGCUGUCACGUGCGAUCAUUCUCCCGACAAUAGUAAAUCGUAAAUCUUAUCUCUCUCUCGGUGAGAGCGCGUCCUGAUAACGCGGAUUCACACCGAGCGUGUUGGACUUUGAAACAUCGAUUUCGCGAUCGUCGUUCAGCUGACAAAAGGGAGGGCUUGCUUUAGUCGUGCGCGUUCGAACGCCAAGGAACGACGUGUCGCGAACGCGAGACGCGAGAGUGAAUAUUCUCGCUUUGUCGCGGGCGCGCGACGCGGCGCCGCGCCGUGGCGUUCGGCGUGUGUACAUACGCGCGCGCUCACGCGCGGAUAAGGACGCGCGCAGAAUCGAACCCUGGCGAAGUUGUGCGCUAGUCGAUCCGGCCCGCGAGGAGAAAACCGCGCGCGGAAUAAAGCGCGCGCGUGCGGAAUCGAAUGUGGUGAAGUUGCGUGUUUGCCCAGUCGAUCGGGCAAAAGGAAAGCGCGCGGAAGAAAUGUGAAACGCGCUCACGCGCGGCGAAAACUCAACGCGAGGGGAUUGCCGACGAGAAAGGCGUGACGCCGAUCGAACGAACGUAUCUGGCUACAGUGAUGAUGGGAGCUGCAGAAAGGUCGCGAGAUCCGCAACAGUGUGCGCCGGACAACGUGCAGAUCGACCGUUCGCUCUAUCUGCUCUUUGAGGAUAUAUCGUACAGCGUACGGAAAGGGAUUUUGACAAAGGAGAGGAAAAAAUUGUUGAACGAUCUUCAUGGCGACUUUCGACCGGGCGAGCUCACAGCUAUUAUGGGUCUUUCGGGCGCUGGGAAAUCUACAUUAAUGGACAUCCUGGCAGGUUUCACAACUACCUCAGUCACCGGCAAGAUCAUGGUAAAUGGACGGGAACGAAAUAUAUCGGAGUUUCGUAAAUUAUCUGCCUACAUAAUGCAGGACGAUAAUCUGCAAUCACUUUUAACAGUGCAGGAAGCUAUGGUCAUCGCUGCCGAUCUCAAACUCGGAUUGAAUAACCAUGAGAAAUUACAGAAGAUCGACGAAAUAUUAGUAGUGAUGGGGCUCGAUGAGUCUCGUUAUGUGAUUACUGACAAACUUAGCGGAGGAGAAAGAAAAAGACUCGCCAUUGCACUUGAACUGAUCAGCGAUCCACCAGUCAUGUUUCUUGAUGAACCUACGAGCGGUUUAGACAGCACUUCUUCAAAGCAGUGCAUAGCACUUUUAAAGCAAUUAGCGCAAAAAGGACAUACCAUAAUCUGCACGAUUCAUCAACCGAGCGCGAUCCUUUUCAACAUGCUGGAUCAUCUUUACGUGAUUGCUGACGGCAAUUGUGUUUACACGGGCAGCACGCAAAAUUUGGUGCCGUAUCUAAACAGUAUAGGAUUACACUGUCCAACGCAUUACGAUCCUGUUGAUUUCUUGAUGGAAAUAUGCAACGGCGAUUACGGUCCUCACACAUCCAAGCUGGUGGAGUCAAUUGAGAAUGGUAGGAAUGAUGUAUGGAGGUCGACGAAUACCCAUUACUUGAACAAAAGCAAAGAAAGUAUUAAAUUGCAACAGAUGACUAUGAGAUUGUAUUCCUUCGAAACGGAAUUCAACACUCCAUAUUACACUGCCAACUCCUGGAGACAACUUUGUGUUCUUAUCAAAAGAAACGCAAUUAGAUUAUUUCGCGAUAAGGUCUUCGCACUUUUACGGAUUACAAUGCAUUGUGCGAUUGCUUUGAUUGUCGGCACAUUAUAUUUUAAAAUCGGUCAAGACGCUGCUUUCGUUUUAGACAAUUUUAGUCUAUCGUAUUACAACAUCAUGUUUCUCGUGUACAGUGCGUUUAGCGCUACAAUGGUCACAAUUCCUUUGGAAUUACCAAUACUCAAACGCGAGCACUUCAAUCGUUGGUACAAACUACGAUCGUACUAUUUAGCGGGCAAAUUGGCCGAUUUUUUAGUCCAACUUAUUGCCACGUUUGUCUAUACCGUUAUAGUGUAUUACAUGAGCGAUCAGCUUCCUGAAGGCAGAAGAUUUGGAUUGUACAUGCUCAUGUGCUUCGUUGCCAGCCUGGUUGGUCAAACCAUUGGAUUUAUCAUGGGGUGUUCGCUAAAAGUCCAAGAUAGCGUCAUUUUUGGGCCGUUUGCAAUUAUGCCAUUCUUUUUGCUCAGUGGUUUCUUCGUAAAUAUUAAAGACGUGAAGCCCUACUUACAUUGGCUGUUUAAAAUGUCGUUCUUUAAAUAUGCUUUCGAGGGAGUAUUGAUGGCGAUUUACGGGUACGAUCGGGCGAAACUGAAGUGUUCGGCGGAUUAUUGCCAUUUCGUUAGUCCUAAAAAAUUGCUCAUGGAAUUGGGCUUCGAGAAUAUAAAUUAUUGGUUUAAUAUAAUAAUAUUAAUAUCAGUGUGUAUUGUUUUGGACAUUGUAGCAUAUAUUAUAUUAAACGCAAGGAUCAGGAGACGCAUAUACUAUGUACUGUUCGGCAAGAUGCUGGAAGCGAACGACGCAGCGAAAAUGCUGGACAACGACUCCUGCAAGAUCAGUUUGCAGGAGUCGGAAAAAUUGCUGAAACCCGGAAAAUCGUGGAACUCGCAGAUGUGCAUCGAAUUCAGCGAUCUCUGUUAUUCGGCUCGUCGCAACCGCAAAGGGACCGAGAAAACGAUCCUGCGUAAUGUAACGGGGCACUUUGAAUCGGGAAAACUCACAGUAAUAAUCGGCCCUUCUGGCGCGGGAAAGACCACCCUGCUGAAAGUGGCGUCGGGCGAACGACUGACCGACGUUAAGGGCAUUGUCACCAUAAACGGCGUUGAACGGGACAGGGAAAUGUUCCGCAAACAGGUGCGCUACGUGCCGCAACAAUUCGAUCUGUUGCCGUUUCUCACGACAAGAGAGACUCUCUAUAUAGCAGCUCGGCUGAAACUCGACGUUAAUCAGGACGAACAAGCGAUUCGCUUAAUUGUGAACAAUAUCGCGGAGAGUCUCAGCUUGCCAAAUUGCCUGGAUACAUUGGCGAAAAAAUUAAGCGGUGGCGAACGAAAGAGACUCUCCAUCGGCGUGGAAAUGAUCACCAAGCCAUCCGUUCUCUUAUUAGACGAGCCAACAAGCGGUGUCGACAGUGCGGCGUCUAAUCAGCUCGUUAACAUGCUGCACGGUAUGGCGAGAGAGAACUGCACUGUGGUUUGUGCAAUACAUCAACCCAGCAGUCAGAUGAUUUCGCUCUUCGAUGACAUUAUGGUACUUAACCAAGGCAGAAGUAUGUACUGUGGUCCAAAGAACGAGAUCUUAAAUACGUACAGCAUCGCCGGGUUCACGUGUCCCAUCUUCUACAACAUAGCAGAAUUCGUACUUGAGGUAAUAACAGAGCAAAGAGGUGGAGAUUUAGAGAAUUUAUACAAGAUCUGUCGCGAUGAAUACGAAAAGUCGAGAUCGCGCAACAAACCUAAUGAAAAUGAAACGUCUGAUUCUAACCAGAAAUGUGAAACAGGCGACAUAGAUACGUCCACAAAUAAUAUAAUACCAAAAAAGUCAACAUGGCAACAGCAAAAGAUUUUAUUUUUAAGAUCUUUAAUUUGCAUCAAGCGAGAUAUUGCCUUGACAAAAUUAAGAUUUGCGGGGCACAUCGCAAAUGGCCUGUUUUUUGGAGCAGUUUUCUAUAAUUUUGGUGACGACGCGGAGAAAGUGCUCAGUAAUACCGCUUGCUUAUUUAUCUCUGUGUUAUUUUUAUUCUUCGCAAAUUCUAUGCCUGCAGUAUUAAUGUUUCCCACAGAAGCGACAGUAUUUCUGCAGGAAUAUUUAAAUAACUGGUAUUCUUUGAGGGCUUACUAUAGCGUAAAGAUACUAACGGAUCUCCCGUUACAAAUACUUUGCGCCUCAUCUUUUUUGCUUAUAUUAUAUUAUAUGACAGGGCAGCCAAUGGAAUAUAUUAGAAUUCUACAGAUGUGGAGCGUUGGCCUGCUAAUUACAAUUAUUGGACAAACGGCCGGGAUGCUUACAGGCGCAGCUUUUGGCACUAAGUCAGGUUUCUUCUUAAUACCGGUAGUCAGUACACCAUUAGUGCUGUUCGCCGGAUAUUUCUUGAAAUUUAGAGAUAUAUCGGUAUACUUACAGCCUUUAUGCGCUACGAGCUUUUACAGAUACACAUUCGAAGGAAUGAUGCAGGCGGUUUAUCUUAAUCGAUCGAAUCUGUCAUGCUCGGAAAUCUACUGUUACUUGCGUUCACCAAACAAGAUUCUCUCGAUGAUGGAUAUGCCAACAGUACCAUUUUACGUUAUUCUGAUAGUACUUAGCUUUUGGAUACUCUGUUUACACAUAAUCACCUAUGCAGUACUUUGUUGGAAAAUUUAUUUUGCAAGAAAGUAACGUGUUAAUACUUAUCUUAAACAAGAAAGUAUUAUCUAAGUAUGUCUCAAACAAAAAAUUAAUGAUUUAGCACAUUUUCUCUGUAACAGUAGGUAGAAUGUUAAGAGAGACAAUAGGAUUAUAAAUGUAAAAAAUUGUAUAAAUUUUUUGUACCUAAAUAUAUAACACAAUCAG